AUGGCCGUCACAUUACACACAACGUCUGGCGACAUCAAAAUCGAACUUUUCGUGGAAGAUGCGCCGAAAGCUUGUGAGGUAUAAUUUAUGCUGUUUCAAUUUUUUUUUAUAUUUUUAACCCAACUUAUUUCGUCGUGAAGUUAAGUAGAAAAUAGAAAUGGGGUAGAAUUAUCUUUUUCCCAGUCUGUAGUUCUCAAAAAGUUUCUAUUUCAUCACUUUUUGUACAAAAAUGUUGUUUUCGAUUCAAUGGAGUGUGCAAGUGGGUGCCGUUCUGUGUAUGCACCAAAGACGUCAUAUAUUACGAAAAUUGUGGGAGGGGCGUCGUAAAAAGAACGCCGUGAAAUGUGAUUGAAACGUUUGAAUUUAAUUUUUAGUCUGAUGAAACGGAAAAAAAGAGCUGCUGGAGUUUCGUUUUGAGCUUUUUCAUUGUAAUUUUCAACUUCAGAGCUUUUUUUGUCUCAAAAAAAGUGUUAAAAUUCAAACCGUGAAAUUGAAAUUGAAAAUUUAUCGGCGGCUUUUUCAACACGAGAAAAAACGAGGAAUGUCUUGAAACCAAAAGAAAAAGUGCAUCAAAAAGGAGAAACUGACUGUUUUGGAGCAUUUCGCUUCCCAAAAAAUGUAAUUUUUGAUUUAGAAAGGUGUCAAGUUCCUUUCAUUGAGCGUUACAUAGAUAAGCAGAUGAAUAAAUUUUGAGGUAGUCUGUUCUGAUUUUUCUAGUCAAGUAUAAAAUGUUGUCGUUUCAAAACGCUCUGUGGAUAGCUCGGUCUCUUAUUGGUUUAUCGCGCCAUUAGGGGCGGAGCUUGAGGAGAAAACUUGAAAUUCAAAAUCUGACCAGACUAUAAGUUGAAUGACUGCAUUUAUUUUAUCAUUGGAAGAAAAAUUAGGGAGUGAAAUUUUAAAUAAAGAUAAAGUGUAAACUUUUUUUCCAGAAUUUCCUCGCUCUGUGCGCAAGUGACUACUACAACGGAUGCACGUUUCAUCGAAAUAUCAAGGAUUUCAUGGUCCAGACGGGAGAUCCGUCGCACACGGGCAAAGGCGGCAUGAGCAUCUGGGGAGAGCCCUUUGAAGACGAGUUCGUGACCACUUUGAAGGUCAAUUUAUGCGUCUCUUUAUAAAAUAGGAGCAUUUUUCCUAAAUAUGAUAUUCUAUGAUUUUAAGUGCGAAAAAUUCAAAAUAUUUACCGUCUUUUCGAUACGGUAGUUGAGGGGCGCAGUUAGCUGAUUGACAUUCAAAAUCUGAACAAAAAGGUUUCUUGGAACCGGAUAAUUGAAUAAUAAGAAUUUAAAUAGAGAGAAAAUGAUCUUCAAUAAACUUUUAUGCGCGUUUGUAUGAACCAGAAAAAAAAAUGGAACAAAAUGAAAAUUUUCAAAUUUCAGCACGACAGCCGAGGAUGCGUCUCGAUGGCGAAUAAUGGUCCCAACACGAACCAAUCCCAAUUCUUCAUCACCUACGAUAAACAGCCUCAUCUCGACUUGAAAUACACUUUGUUUGGAAAGUAAGCUACUCGAAUAACCUUCAGAAUUGUAAUUAACCAAUUUUCAAGAGUUAUCGACGGAUAUGACACGCUAGAAGAGCUGGAAACGAUCCGAGUUGAUAAAAAGUACCGGCCGGUCGUUCAGCAAGUGUGAGUUCAAAAAAAAAAAUCAGAAAAUACUAUCUUUUUAGCAUCCACAACAUCACAAUCCACGCGAAUCCGUUUGCGAACGAGUAACUUAUUUGUAAUUAUUGUUAUCCCCUUUUUUGUUGUUCCACUCGAUCUUCACUUGCUGGUAUUUUGUUAUUUAUCUCAUUUCCAACUAAAUAUAACAAUUAUUAAAAAUUUACAACAGAAAAGUUUGCAGCGUAAAAAAACUAUUUCGAUUUGUAUAUCUUACUGUAUUUUUUUCUGGUCGCAGGCACAGUUGCAGUGAAUGCGCAUUAUUUUACGCGCUUUGGGGAUUUUUUUCGAUUCAAUUAUAAAAAAAGGUUUAAAGUGGAUUACUGAAUUCUAAAUUAAUAACCAAAUAAUUAUAAGCUCAAAUAGCUCAUGACUUCUCAAAAAGAUGAUUUUCUUUUGCAAUGAGAACCUUUGGAAAAUUACUUGAAAAAAUAAUUGAAGAAAAUAAUAUUUUUUCGUGUUUCUUUGUACUUUAUCUUGUUUUAAUUCUCCUUUUUCAUUCAGAUACAUUCUAAAGGAACUGUUCAUGCAAUAUUUUUUGAUCAUACAGAGUCUGGAAUCUGGAAUUUUUUUUUUUCACAAAAAUGGCGAGUCUGCUCUGAUCAAAACUUUUGACCCCAUUGACGUAGAGUUUGAAGCUUUUCAUUUUUUUUUAAUAGUUAUAUUCCCAAUUUUUCAUCAAAAACCGAUGAAAACAAAAAAAAACGGUGAAGAACAACCAAUUUUGUAAAAAUAUGGAGUCUGAUCCGAGCGAAUGUUUUGACCCCACCUCGUAGAGGUCAAAGCGCCAAAAACUUUCUGGAAUGGCGGCAGAUUUGAGCGGCGAAAAAUAUCCACCCCAGCGUCAUUCUUUUUUUUUCUGUCGUGCUGUGAGGUUGCUGCCGGUUUUUUUUCUUGUUUUGUGUUUUAAUACGAUGUAAUUCGUUUUAUAGUUCUAUUUUGUAUUAGUUUCCGAAUCCAUGUUCACAGAAGCAGUUUCAAAUGUUUUUCAAUGGUUCGGAAAAUUCUAGGAAACAUCAUUUACGCUUUUUUUUUCAAAACCUGGCUGUAGUUUCAACUAGUUAUUAUUUCCGUUCGUGUUUUGCUUUUUAAUUCAACGACAGUUUGUCACGGUUUCCUUUCCGCCAAAAAUUCCGUGUACCAAGUUAGAUUAAAAUUGAGCAUCUUUGUUUCAAGACCUUUGUUUUUUGCUGUCUUUAUAUCAGUUUUGUAGAGCAAAAAGUUCGUAUUUACCAUUUUUUUUUUUCUGUUCUUUUGAAACGUGACCGUCUCGCGCGGAACGCACUAUACAUGCAUUUAAGAAAAAAAUGUUUAAUAGUUUAACUUUUAAUUUUUUUAUUGUUUGAUUAGUUUAAAGAUGCGUUGCGGACCUUCGAACUUUCUGUUGUUUUUUGAGGCAAAGGGAUUUUUUUUUUUCAAAUAUCGUCAAUUUUUUUUUUCGCAUUCUUGAAGGUUUUUGAUUUUUCAAUGGCAUUUUCCAGGUCAAACGAUGAAGUCUUCUGGCUCAGACGCUGGUGAUGCCGUGGAAACUCUUUCUUGACCAUUUGGAUAUAAGUUUUUGAACUCUCCUUCGACUUGAAAAUUAAUUGCAGUUUUUGAUUUCAAAUUUUUCCAGAAAAUUCCGAGAGGGUCAACUCAAGGGACGCCAGCCAAGACGCAGAAGAAGGAGGUCGAUGACUCCACGACGACAACGAAAAAUGGUAGCUUUGUGGUCGAUUCUUCUCCUUUCCUGGUUUGGGAUCGUCCAAAACUGCGCGCGGCUGGGCGUUUCUUGCCAGGAAAAUUCUCAAAACCAAGCAAUUUCACGAGUUUUCAAAAGGAAUUCGGUUUUUCUCAUUUUGCUCAACGAGAUUUGAAAUGAUUUUUUUUCAGAGAAUUUUUUCAAAGUCUUCACACUUUUAUAAAUUUUUUUCAAAAUUACUUUACGACUUAAAUUCAAACUUCACUGUUUCAGAAAAACUUUUUGAUUCGAAUCAAUGUUUGAUAGGAGUUUAACUAAACAAAAUGAGGGAAAUAAUGUUAUUUAAUGCAUUUUUUUUCAGGAUUUGGAACUUUCCGGUGAGCUUAAAGAUUCGCAUGGGAACAACGUUUCGAUUGAGCUUCGAAUGAUUUUUUCGGCUCUAGGCGUUUAUGAAACUUUUUGUACCUACGAUACACUACAUAGUAUCAGAAAGUCUUACGGUGGACUCAAUAAAAAGAAUUUUUUUAGACUUUCGCAUUUCCAUUUUUUCAGAUCAUUUUUGACUUGAAACAUUUUUUCCAAGCGUCCAACUUUUUUUUUGGUUUAGAUGAACGAUUUUUGUAGAGCUUAAAUGUUUAAAUCAAAUUCUUGCAACUGUUUGUUGUAAAUUCUAUUCAGUUUUUCUCCAAUUUUUCAAAAAAAUUUUUAUUCAACAUUUUUUUGUAUUUUUUUAGCCACAAGGUUUUUCUGAUACUAGACUUCGGCUCGAAGAUUUUUUUUUUCUAAAAGAAACAGAUGCUCAAAAAAGCGCUGUUUUCAUGCGAAAUUUUCGGCCACUAUUAAGAAAAUUGAUUGAUUGCUUGGUUUUAAGAAUUUUUCUGGUAUAAAAGGCUCAGGAUCGGCGUCUUUUGCCGGGGCUCGGGUGGAUGGCCGACGGCGGGUGCAGGAUUUCCGCCAAGCAAUAA